CAUUUCCCACGAGUUCGUCCUCCGGCUUUCUUCCCAUGCCCUACGGCCACGCCGCCCUGCACUGCCACCGCUGCUGCUGACCUCCUCCUCUGGUCUUCCUCACUAGACGAGUCGUCGUCCGGCACCCGCAAGCUCACCAGUUCGUCUCCGGCACCGGAAUUUUCACUUCCUGCGCGGCAAGAUUGGCUGUUUCUUGCAUCCAUGAUGAUGGUGGAGGGCUCCAUGCAAAUUGCCUCAAUGAGUGGCGACCCAACAGCCAAGCUCACCGACGAUAUGCUCACGGAAAUCAUCUCGCGCGUGCCCUACAAGUCUACCUGCUGCUGCAAGUGCGUCUCCACGCGCUGGCGUGACCUCAUCUCCCACCCCUUUCACCGCAAGAAGAUGCCACAGUCCCUCAUCGGCUUCUUCCACGAGAGUUCUGACGAGAGUUCCAACAGAGAACUCUCCGAUAAGUCUGCUCGCUGUUAUACCAAUGUCUCUGGGAAAGGUGACCCUCUCGUUGACCCCUCGCUAUCGUUCCUGGCCAAGUUAGGUUUGGUUAGCAUUGUGGACUGCUGCAAUGGCCUACUCCUCUGCUUCUUUUGUAAGCAGCGUGAUCCCGUGGAGUGGGAUUAUGUUGUCUGCAAUCCUGCCACUGAGAAAUGGGUGGUCGUGCCCGGCACCAAAUGGACUAGCAAUGUGGUUGCUCGCUUGGCAUUUGAUCCGGCUGCCUCCUCCCACUUCUAUGUGUGCGAGUUCAUAGAAGACUCAAGUGGUUGCAUUGCUGUGGUGGUGAUCUACUCGUCCAAAACUGGACAUUGGAGCUACAAGGACGAUGCUUGGAGCGUCUAUGAAAUAGAGAUACCCCCCUUAUCAAAAAGUGUCUUGUUUAGGGGGGUGAUGUAUCUAUGUGCCUUUGAUCAUAGACUUGUAGCCCUUGUCGUGGAGGAAAAUAAUUGGAAAGCCAUGCAUCUUCCUAUGACAGAAUGUUACAGUGGUUUUGGUGACCCUUCUUAUGAUAUUUAUCUAUCACAAGGGCAGUUGUAUUUUGCACAUAAAGGUGGUUCUCAACUAUCAAUCUGGUUUCUUGAGGAUCCAAGUAGUGAAAAUUGGACCUUCAAGCACAUUGUCAGCCACUUGCAGAUGUUGGAAACACAGUAUUUAGCAUAUUCGGCUGGUUAUGUAGUUCUCUCAAUCCACCCCGAACAGAAUUUGAUUUUCCUAGUAUGUCGGUAUGAGGAGACACUAAGAGCAUCUCCAGUCGCAUGGGCACUAACAGUUUUGCGUAGUGCAGUUUCUUCGCAGUUAUCUGAUGUUAAUGGAUGCACUGAUGCGAUGUCCUGCAUGAGCUCUGUAUUGCAGUUAACUUAG